AUGUCCAACGAAACGUCCUUAUUAUUGCGAUGGUGCCUUCCACAUGAUCUCAGGAUCUCUCAAAAAAAUUGCAAUAGCGAAGUGUUGUUCACAGAAUUCCUUGAGCACUUCGAUUUACCGGCUGACCAAGAAGAGGCUAGUAUCUCGCCCUUCUGGUUAUCCAUUAAUAGCGCGACUUGGAAUUUUAUACAUCCAGUUGGUUGGUCUGAAAUUUCGGGCGUGCGGUGGUUUCCUCCGAUUGCCAGUUCAUUUUCCGAUGCACGUCCAUCGUCACCCAAGAAACAGUGUAAUCUCAGUAACAGGUGGCUGCAAACCGAAUGGGGUCUCUCAGUGUUUCGUCGCAGUGUUCCUAAUCUAUUUUUUGAAAAUCGAUCCAUUUGUUUCCACAACCUUCUUCGAAUAGGCGGCUACCUUGAGUGCAAACUUACCUCUGAUCCUUCUGCAGUAUGGAUUCAUCCACUCGGAUGGGCCUUAUCUCAAGGAUAUAGCUACAGGCCCCCUGACGGCUACGUUAUUCCUGAGGACAUAACAGUCAAUAAGGAAUUUCUCGAUAAUUUGCCACAUGGAAUUCCUGAUUUAACGGGAAAAUGCACAGAUGGUUUCCUUUUUCCGAAUCAAUUUUCUUUCUCCCAGGAACCUCCCAAACACUCCGUUCAUGUAGGCCUCAAACUUGAGGCUUUUGAUAAUAUGACACCCUACGGGGCUUCUCCUGCUACCGUCACAAAGAUCAUCUCAGAUCGUUACUUUGUUGUCAAAAUUGAUGCUCUUCCUACACCAGAUGGUGCUGAAACGAACCAUACAAGACAAUUCAUUGGUCACAUGAGCAUGCCCCAGAUAAUGCCUCCGAACAUGAGCCAGUUUUACGGGUUCCACUUACUUCCACCAGAAAACUGGCCGAAUGAUAGACUGUUUACGUGGCAUAACUACCUCGCAUUUAUGUCAGAACUCUCUCCACCUCAAGUACCAUGUCCUUCUUCCUCCUAUCAGUGGACAGACCAUUCCAAGCAAUCGUUAGCAAAACAUCUGUCCACACCCGUUCACCGAUUCUUCUACAAUCAUCUUUUAAAACCGAAAGCUUUCAGCGAAUCUACCCCAGAUUCAUGUAUUUAUAUGAGAAGCUGUGACAGUGGCAGUACGAAUGCACGACGGUCAAAUCUUGAUUUGUUCAAACUCGCAUCGUCAAAGACUGGCACGGACGCCGGGCUAUCCACACUAAAGGACUUUUUUGUUGGUAUGAAACUCGAAAUGGCCCUCCCAUCUUCCAUGUGGAAUCACAUUUCAUUUUCAGAGAGUGGUAGGAUUGAAUUCCAUGAAAGCCCUCUCUGCACUGCGACUGUUAUUCGUGCCCAAGCAGGUCUUCUUUGGCUUCUGCCUGACCUAGCAGGUGACUGGAAUUCAAACGCAAAUCCUAAAUAUCCUCUGGACAAGCCCAUUUUAUUUGAGUGUUCCUCCACAGAAAUAUAUCCCCUGGGUUGGAGUAAAGCCAAUGGUCAUCCUUUCGUACCCCCCAUGUCUUACACCAACCCACCUCCUCUUAAAGUAGAUCGCCCUCCACUGUGGAGUAACCCUGCCCAGCCAAUGCAAUCUUCCUUCGUUGCUUCGGGAACGCUAGACAUAUCUGGGAUAUACAGUGAAUCAGACAUAUGCCCUCCCAUCUAUAUCAAUUCUUCCUGCUACCCCGGGCCCUACAUAUGCCAAUCGGAUCUGGAGAAGCUUCCAUGUCAGUUUGGUCCGGGCCCUAUCGUUCGCAACCUGCACACCCUUAUUACUCGUCUUGUCGGCGCCGCUUUCAAAUCAGUCCGUGUGCUCCGCCUUCUCGAGUCCGAUUGGGCCACAGCCCUGGCGAAUGCCUCUACUAGUGGUAACUCCAAAAAACGCGAUGAGGCCUUGCUCGAGGCUGCUGAACAGAGGCAUGAGGGUAUGCAAUUAGCUCUCAUUCGAGUCCGGUGCCCGAGGAAAGGAACAAAAAUCGAGGCUCCUGUUGAAAUUUGCUGUCGAAGACGAGCGGUCGAAGAGUAUUGUCUACAGGUAAGUCUUUUACUCGAAGCCUGCCCGUUUCUUGUGAGCACCCGUCGAAUAGCCUCACAGGAGAGUUGCCCCAUCAACUGCCAUUGUCUCAUCCGUACCCGCCAAAGGCCUCACCAAUCCAAUUCCGGCGCUAUUCUGAAUUCCAACGACCCGGCCACCAAUCUAGCGAGCCUCACAAACCCAGACAUGCGUUUGCUUCCACGCGGAAGUGGCCGUCGAGUUCAAACGGUUUCUGCCCAACUUUUGGACCCACACGUUUUCGUACCGCCCCAGCUAUACAACUGGAAUCCAACAUUGCCCGUCACUGAGGAUUCUUCAGAGGGAAACGGGGCUGGACAAGAAGACGCAGUCCAUACUCAGAAAACUCUUCGAACCACUCGAGCGGUCACUUCAAGACUAAAACGGCUAUUGAGGCAGCGGAGGGCUGCCUUGAGUACUAACAACGAGGUAGCUGAAGUGCCUACACUGGCUUCAAAUCCAAUGCACUGGACAUCAGCCGACGUCGCAGCGUACAUAGAGAGGACCGACUGUCGGGAACUGUGGCCGUGGCUGGCAGCGGAAGCUGUUGACGGUCGAGCCUUUAUGCUUCUCUCCCCGCCUGAAAUACUGCACUCCCUUAAAGGUCUUCGUUGGGACGCGGCAGUUAAGUUGGCCCGCCACGUCGUCUCGGUGAAGCGGGCUUUCCUCGAACAAUACUGUAGUCCUUCCACUGUCUAG